AUGGAGCCACCCAAGAUGUACUCUUUGAGUGCCCAAUUGCCUGCUUUGGAGGAUCCAAUGCAGUGCAGCACCGGACAGUCCCGGAUGAGGUGUGCAGACAGUUACCUAAAGAAUCCGGUCUUUGCGAAGAUCUUCAAGCAAGAGGAUCAACUACAAAAUGCGGCCAGCAUCGCACUGGAUGUAAUCGCAAAUGUAGCAGAGGCGUCGGAUAUCCUCGCUCCUCUCACGGCAGCCUGUAGAACAACAAAGUCAAUCAUAGACGUCAAGCAAACCAUCGAUGACAAUCAAGGGGACUGGAACGACCUAGUACGCCGCCUGGAGCAAUAUAUGUGGGCUGUCGAGAGCCAAAUCGAUUCUCUCGAAAAGUAUCCUCCUGAGGAUAGGGCUGUCGACGAGGCGUUCAGCCAGCCCCUCAUUCAUUAUGUCGAACUUCUCGAGGAUAUUCAUUGCGCCAUUGUCAAUGAUGCGCAUAACCGACGCCGCACCAGCCGCAAUGCUUUUACAGCCAUCGGAGAUGACCGACAUAGGCAAUUCAUGGCCGCUUUGGAUCUGUUCAUUGGACACCGCGUUCAGGUCAUCGAACGGAAUACCAAGGCCACCAAGUCGGACGUCGAUGCAUCUUUCAUAUUCCAACUCCCCAUGGUGGCAUUCGUCCCAUCCUCGGUACACACCACCUGUCUACAAGGCACACGUCAGGCUGUUCUCCAGACAAUCCGGAACUGGGCCGAGGACGAUACUUCGGAUAAGCCAAUAUUCUGGCUUUGCGACAUAGCUGGCUCUGGCAAGUCCACGGUCGCAAUGUCAGUAGCGACGUUGUGCCGCACGGAGAGAACUUUAGGAGGCCAGUUUUUCUUUUCAAUGUCCAGUAACGAUACGUCGACCACCGAAAAGUUCUGUUCGACUAUGGCAAGAGAUCUUGUCCAUCACAUUCCAGAACUCGCACCGCACGUCGCCGAUACUGUGAAGCGAAAUCCUUCGAUCAUGCAAGCUCACUUGAAAAGCAGUUCCGCACUCAUCACCGAUCCUCCGCCAUCGACGGAGGGCGUAAAGCAGGAACGUCAAGAUCUUCAUUACGAGUCGGCCAGACCUGUCAUCGAAUCAGUUCUUCAGCCACUCUCGAUCAAAUCUAAACUGGAAGACCGACUCCACGAUAUCAAACAUCGUGACAACGUGGAUGACAUCGCGGCCUAUAUCCACCAAUCACUCUACACCGUUCUGCCCCAGGACAAGAGGCAGCGGCUGAUUGAGAAGUCGAGCGGAUUGUUCAUCUGGGCCAGUACUGCGUGUCGGAUGCUCAAUAACGAGGCCACGUUGGAAAGCCACGAGAGGAUAUAUGAUCGCUUAAUCUCGGCGGACCAAACUGGAGAUAUAGAUGAUGUAUACAAACUCAUCCUCGAGCGCAUACCCCCAGAACACAAUGCCAUGCUGUGCAAUAUGCUCGCACUGCUGCUUGCUGCAUUCGAACCCCCUACCGUAUACGAUCUGGACGACAUUCUCCAACACACCGGAAUAGGCGGGAGUGCCAAGGCGUUGGUCCAAAGCCUUGGAAGCGUUCUUAUCGAGGACAAAACAACAAAAACCAUUCAAUUUCGUCAUCCUACUCUAGUCGAGUAUUUGCGACGUUGCUGUAUCGCUCCAAUCCCCGAAAACCCGAACAAAGUCUACAUCGACAUCCACAAUGCACAUGGGCAGCUUUCGUCGUGGUGUUUCAAUAAUCUCGAAUCACGAAAGGAAGGACUCAAGUUCAAUAUAUGUGGAGUUGAGUCGUCAUUCUACCGAAACCGAGAUUUCCUGGAUCUGGAGGCGAGAAUAUCAAGGUCUAUUCGAAGAAACCUUCGAUAUUCCAGUUUACAUUGGCCAUUUCAUAUUGCCCAAGCAGAUAUCGAGUGGAGAAGCAAGCUCGGAAAUAAAAUCGAGCAGAGAUUAUUCGUGCGCCAUAUGCACUAUAUUGGAUGGAGGUUCUGA